UCGUAAAGGUUGCUCAGAAAGUGCAGAAAUUGUCAGUUUGAGAGGAUAAAAUAUCUUUAUAUAUACCUCUGUGGUGUUGUGUGCUAUGAAGAGACACAUUUGUGGGCUGGCUCUGAGUAAUUAAACACACCCCCGUCCAGCUCCUUACCUUAUAAAUGCCGCUGGAGGUCAAAUGAUCGCUUCGUCUCCAAGUGAAGAGCACUUUUCGAACAGAGGCCGACGAAAAGCAUUUAUUCUCUGAUUUGGCGACGUGUGGCGUUACUUUUUGUUAUUUGACACAAAUUCCAACAUCGGAUGGAGACGAAAGACAGUUCAAUACAACAGAUGGAUCCAAACCAUCCCAGCGAGGGUGCACAAACACCUCAAAUGGAUUUAGAGACAGCAUUGAAGGAAUGCUCCACCGCCCUCGAUCUUUUUCUGAACAACAGGUUCGCUGAUGCACUGGCUCUUUUAAAACCCUGGAAGAGUCAGAGCAUGUACCACGCAAUGGGAUACAGCAGCAUCUUGGUGAUGCAGGCAGGCAUGACCUUUGACCUGAAGGACAUGGAUGCUGCCAUGACGUCACUGAGAGAAUCCCUGCAGACAUGCCAGAGAUUUAGAAAGAGAACUGGAAUAGUGGAGACUCUAGCUAACCUGUGGUAUAGACAACCAGGCGACAACCUGACAGAAGAAGAAAUGCAUGCAGAGCUGUGCUACGCCGAGGUUCUGCUGCAGAAAGCAGCUCUCACAUUCUUAGACGAGAGUAUAAUCGGAUUCAUCAAAGGAGGCAUGAGAAUCCGAAACAGUUAUCAGAUUUACAAGGAUUGCCAGGCCAUGGCAAGUGUCACAAAUGAGGUGGAUAAGCUGAAGAACACAUAUGUUCAUUUCAGGGGCGGUGUCAGCAUGGGCAUUGGAUCAUUUAAUCUGAUGCUGUCUCUGCUUCCAUCCAGAGUCCUCAGACUGAUGGAGUUUUUGGGUUUCUCAGGAGACAGGGAGCUUGGUUUGUCAGAGCUGAGAGAGGGAGCAGCCAAUAACAGCCUGCGAUCUAUCCUCAGCGUCUUGACACUGCUGAUGUUUCAUCUCUACAUUUCUGUGAUUCUGGGUACCGGUGAAGGAAACCUUACUGAGGCUGAAGCCCUGCUGGAGCCUUACAUUAAAAAGUUCCCUAAUGGAGCACUCAUCCUUUUCUACAUUGCAAGAAUUGCUUUGCUCAAAGGAAACUUCACAUUUGCCCAGGAGAAGUUCCUGGCAUGCAUCGAAGCACAGGAAGAGUGGCGUCAGAUUCACCACCUGUGUUACUGGGAGCUGAUGUGGGCCUACUCUUUCGAACAAAACUGGAGGGAGGCGUAUCGUUAUGCUGACCGGCUCUGCAAGGAGAGCAAGUGGUCCCAGGCCGUCUAUGUUUUCCAGAAAGCCGCCAUCUUGAGCAUGCUCCCAGAGGAAGAAGUAACUCAACUGGGAGAAAAUGUGGUGGAAUUAUUCAGGAAGGUGGAUGGUCUCAGACUGAGGAUUGCUGGGAAGUCGAUUCCAACGGAGAAGUUUGCGGCAAAGAAGGCACAGCGAUACUCUUCCUCUAACCCUGUGAAACUAGUUGUCCCUGCUUUGGAAAUGAUGUAUGUGUGGAAUGGAUUCACAAUAGUUGGCAAAAGACCUGAGUUGACUGAAAGCAUCUUGACCACCUUAGAGAAAGCAGAGGAGCAGCUCAAAGAUGAUCCAAACCCAUCAGAGUAUCAUCUGGAUGACCAGUGCGUUGUCCAGCUGCUGAAGGGCUUGUGUCUAAGACAGUUGGGGCGUCUGGUCCAGGCCGAGCUCUGCUUCAAUCAAGUCAUUUCCAGUGAAAAUUAUAUUAAGCAUGAGAACUACCUGGUGCCAUUUACAUUGUAUGAGCUGGGCCUUUUGCACAAGCAAAAAGGCAAUAUCGACAAGGCCAUCGCCAUGAUUGAAGAUGCCAAGAUGAACUACAAAGACUACAACAUGGAGUCGAGGCUACACUUCCGCAUCCAUGCAGCACUCAACACCAUGGGUUCCUUUUCAGCCAAACUUCCACCUUCACGUACGCCAGCUUAAAAGACCCCAUGGCUGGAAGCUCAAAUAUAAAAACCCGGGGGUAAGCCCGUUAGCUGCCUUCAGCCCUGUGACUGUACUUGAAAUCCCCCAGAUGGACACCUUGCUAUAAGCCCCUUGAUAACAGUAUACAUCCAAAAACCUGUUAGCAUGGCAGAGCAGAGCUCUGAAAUGCAGCCCUGUGAAAUUUUGUAAUGAUAUAAAUAAUGUAAUUUUAAAAACAUCUUGCUUUUUAAAAUCUUCAAUAAUAUCCAGCUUGAGACUGCUCCACUUGUCUUGCUUGGGUUUUUUUUCAUGAUAUUCACUACAUUUCAAUAUUUUAAGGAUGAUGUCAGGUACAGUUGUUAAAAUGGUCCUGUUCUAAAUCGAACAACCUUCUUGUAAAUAACUCUUGAUUUUCUUUUUCCAGUGCAGUGUAAAUCUGUCUGCUCUGAAUAAGAUAUUUACUGAAUAAAUCUUAUAAAUCAAA